AUGAGACCACUGUGCCUGCCCCUCCUAGCCCUGGCUGCCUGCUGGGAGCUCGGCCAACCCCUGCGCUGUUUCUCUUGUCACCAUCCAACGGACACCUCCGCAUGCACCACCAUCGUAAACUGCAACCAGAAUGACACCAUGUGCAAGACAACAAUGUACUCCCUGGAGACAGUGUUCCCCUUUCUGGGUGAUGCCACUGUCACCAAGUCCUGCUCCAAGAAGUGCAUCCCCUCAGAUGUGGAUGGCAUUGGGAUCACCCGGCCCGUGUUCUGCUGCAACACGGACCUGUGCAACACAGAUGGGGCGGCCAGCCUGACAGCCAGUACCCUGACCCCGGGAGCAACCACCAUCUUCGCUUGUCUCCUGCUCCAGGCCAGGACUUGACCCUGCCCCACCUUGGC